GACCGACGACCGCUGUUUUCAGAUCAGAAUGCUCGACAACCAAAAAACCGGGUUCUCCUUUGAGAACUGCAAGAGGAAUGCUUAUCUUGCAGGAUCAGGGUUUAAACCCCCCAAGGUGACAAAGACUGGAACAACCAUCUGUGGAAUUGUCUUCAAGGAUGGGGUUAUUCUUGGCGCUGAUACAAGAGCAACCGGGGGAGAUAUUGUUGCAAACAAGAAUUGCGAGAAGCUGCAUUACAUGGCUGCUAAUAUCUACUGUGCUGGAGCUGGAACUGCUGCUGAUUGUGAUAAAACUACAGCUACCAUCUCAUCACAGCUGGAGCUUCUCAGGUUGAACACAGGGCGCCAGGUUCGUGUUGUUGCAGCACAACAACUUGUCAAGCAGAUGCUUUUCAGAUAUCAGGGUCAUAUCGGAACUUAUUUGAUUAUGGGUGGCGUGGAUAUUAAGGGACCUAGCCUCUACGAGAUUGCUGCCCACGGAUCAACUUCUAACGUACCGUUCUGUGCUAUGGGUUCAGGUACCCUGGCUGCUAUGUCUGUGCUUGAGUCAGGCUGGAAGAAGGAUAUGGAGGAGGAGGAUGCUAAGAAGUUGGUGAGGAAUGCCAUCGCUGCCGGUAUCUUCAACGAUAUGGGAUCUGGUAGCAACGUGGACCUUGUCGUUAUCAAGGCUAAUGAUAACGUGCAGUACCUAAGGGCAUACGACGAGGCUAACGUGAAGGGAACAAGAAGACAGAAGUACACAUUCAAGAAGGGAACAACCGAGAUUUUGACUGAAUCUGUUCGAAAUAUCACCCUAGCAGAUAAAACUACGUUCACUGUGACAAGCACUGAUGUGAGGCAAGUGGAGCAAAUGGAUUCUGCUUAAACUACAGUCCAUCAAUGUCAUUCUAAGAUGGACUCUAUUUCUUUUCUUCUACAUCAAGAGCAAAGCUAUGAUUAUAAAACUCCUCUCCAGUUUUCACCGUUUAUCGAAAUUCUUUUUUGUGUGAUGGAAAAUUCAAUAAAUUACAACAUUUUA